AUGGACGAAGACGUUGUAUCUCUCACAAAAAAAUACAUUGGAGAUGCUUAUAUGAAAAGAUGGCAAGAGAGAUCUAGUAAAAAGAAAAAAAAACUUAUGACUGUGUUCGAUCAGGGGCGAUUACCCGAAAUCGGAUUUUCUGAGACAGAUAUUGAGGCAUUGUUUCUUCAAAUAUCAUCUUUAGAUUCAAAUAACUGGGAAAAUUCUGUAGGUGUUGGUGAACGUGAGGGAAGGGUACUUGUGGAUUUUAUUCGUCGUCGUCAUUACGGAUUUGCACAUGGUAUUGGACGAUCUGGAGAUGUGACUGCAAUUCAGCCUAAAGCGCCUGGUUCAAGUCUAGUUUGCCGAUUGACUAACCGAUUACUACUCGAUUGGCUAAGAAAAUCAGGUUCACCAAGUACAUCUCAAUGCUUUCUUGUCCCUAUGGCUACUGGUAUGUCAUUAACACUGUGUAUGUUAGCAAUGAAAAGACGUCGUCCGCCUGGAGCUAGAUUUGUACUAUGGUCUCGUAUUGAUCAAAAGUCGUGUUUCAAGUGUAUGCUUGCUGCAGAUUUAAUUCCUAUCCCGAUUGAAUUAGUCUCAGAUCCUACGAACGACCAGUUAUGUUCGAAUCUUGAAGCUUUAGAAAUUGCCUUACAAAAUCCUGCUAAAUAUCUACUAAAUCAUUGGCCUAAUGUUGCACAAGCCUAUAACAUAACUACCAAUACAGCAGAACAAUCGAAUUGUAAUAACAUUGUAUGCAUUCUAACAACUACAAAUUGUUUUGCACCUAGAACACCAGAUAAAUUACAUGCGAUCACUAAACUCUGCAUAAAAUAUGGUGUAUCACACUUGAUCAAUAAUGCUUACGGUGUACAGUCACCUCGUUGUAUGCGAAUGAUUGAAUCAGCGGGAAAAUUGAUUAUGGAACAGAAAUCCAACCCCACAGACAGUGAAGAUGUUAAUCACGCCAUCGACUUAUUGUAUGUACAAAGCACAGAUAAAAAUCUAUUGGUACCAGUUGGUGGAGCAAUUAUUGCUGGAUUCUCUUCAGAUUUAGUCAAUUCUGUAGGUAAACUUUAUCCAGGUCGUGCCUCAGGAACGCCAACUUUGGAUGUUUUAGCUACCCUCCUUUUUCUUGGUAGAAAAGGUUGGAAUGAUUUAAUUCAAAACCAGUCUGUUUGUUUUACUCACCUUCAGAAUGGAUUAAAACAAUUGGCUAACAAACAUAAUUUGAAAUUGUUAGAAACAACUUCAAAUCCUAUUUCAUUGGCAUUGAGCUUAGAAAAUCUUCUCCCAAUGAAAAUUAUCUCACAGUCUGAUGAAGUAGAAGAACAGAAGAAUUUUUUAAGCACUAGUGAGUUGAAGGAAGUAAUUUUGGAGAUGACACAAAUUGGUGCUAAUCUCUUUACUCAAGGAUGUUCUGGUGUCAGAGUUGUUCUCCCUGCAUCUAUGCAAAAUUCAACUAAAUUAGAUGUCUAUGAAUUUCUUGGUUUCAAUUCUCAUAGUUCAACAUCUACAAUACCGUAUAUAAAUGCAGCUGCUGCAAUUGGUCAAAAACAAUCUGAUAUCAACAUUUUUAUACAACGACUUGAUAAAGCUUUAGAUCAUUUAAAACGUGUUAUUCAUAAGGAAUGUAUUAAUAAUAAUGGUUUAGUAAAUCCUUCUAAUUGUAAUCUAUCAAGCGCCGUUAAUAGGAUAUAG